GGCGAGAGCGAUGGAAGCUCGGACCUGGAGAACUCGUACCCGCAAUUGCCUGCGGCACCCGUGGACACGCUCAUUGCGUUCCGCCAGCAGGCGGCGCAGAAGGAGUUGCAGUUGACGGAGAAGCUCAAGGAGGUGGUGGCGGACGCCAGGCAGAGGCAGCAGGAGCGACGCGAGGCUCAGCGCUCGAAAAAGAAGAAGAAGGCACCGCCGCCCAAACGACGACACUCGAAGCAAAGCGACUCGUUGUCCAACGGAUCUACGCACCUCGAGCGGAACCAUACGAACGGCAGCGCUGGCACUGCCGAAGUGAAGAUGGCUCCACAGGAUCAAGAUGAAGCUGAGGACGAGUGGAUGGUGGACUGCUCCUGUGGGCUGAAGAAGAAGAACUACGACGACGGAACCUCCAUGAUCCAGUGCGAUAGCUGUUCGCACUGGGUGCACGCCAAGUGCUCUGACAAACAGCCAGAGGCUGUUGCGCAGGAGAAGUUCUUGUGUUUCCGGUGUGGCUGGAUGUUCGACUGUGUGUGUUCUAUUCGUCGGAUGCCCAACCACGAUGACGGCCAGCGCAUGGUGGAGUGUGAAAGCUGCAAAACGUGGCAGCAUACGAUGUGCGUUGGCAUCCCGAUGACGGAGGAGCCUCCGGACGAUUAUCGGUGUCCGCGCUGCGUGAAGAACGCACGCCGCCGCAAGUCAUCGUCCAAGAAGGGAAGCAGCAGUCGUGAACGACAGCGGAAGCGAAGCCAUUCCGAUUCAUCACGCCGCCACCGGAAAAGCAGCGAUGCGUCCCCGGUCGUUGCCGUGGAUGUGCGGACUGCAGCUCGGUCUAUCGAUAUGUUGACAACGCCGACUCGCGCGCACAGAAGUAGACGCUCUGAGGUUAAUGCGUCGCCGAAGGUCGAGAGGAAAACUCCACAUGCCCAAGUGCCUCCACCCCCUCCAGUCCCAGCCGUCUCGCCGCCGUAUUCACCGCCGCCGCCUCCAUCGACACCUCCACCCCCUUCAGUGGUAUCCAGGGCUUCAAGGCAUGAGCGACAUCUGAAGCGACGAAGUGAGAGGGAGCGAGAGCGCUCCUCUGCGUCCGGAAGCUCUUCACACCGGGAUCGUGGACGAUCUUUACAGGGAAGCAGUAAAGGGCUCAUGCUUCGGGGAUAUUCUCCUGCGUCUUCGAGAACGGAUCCUCCUUCCUCGCACUCUGUGGACGUAAGACCGCCGCUGCCGCUUACCCCGCAAUCCGCUGGAGCUAGCAGUGGACACAGCUAUAGCAGCCACAACAGCCACAACAGCCACGAUCGCAGCGGCCGGAAGCGCAAAGCGGGCUCAGCACGUGAUCGCUUGGCGAAAAAGCUCAAGAUCAAGAAGUCUUCGCUGCGG